AUGUCGUUUAGGAAGUAUACCAAAGAGACGCCUCCGGGUCUCUGGUCAAAAGUAAAAGACUUCUUUGCCCUCGACAAGACGCGUUCAUCAGGUAUCAGCUUCAAUGAGAGUUAUCGCAACCCUAUGCCUGGAUCACGUCCAGAGAUUUACAAAGAGCCCGUCACGGCUCCAGCGAAUGAUAUUGCAGAGAACCCUUACUUUGCGCGAGAUGUGCGUCGGCAGUAUCCGUCUGUCAGUGUGUUUACACAGAGUCGAGUCGCUGGGCUCUUGACGUAUGGCAAUAAAGAUGCGCCUGCGAUUCCGGAUGGCAAGGCCGGUGAAUUGGUGCUUGCUAAGAUUGAUGAGCUGCAGCUGACGAGUGCACUGGAGCAGCAAGGCGUGCUGGCCGUACUGGGGAAGGAUGGUAUGCCCCCAUUGCCGAUGGGUAGGAAGGGAAGAGCAUUCAAGUUGGAUACGACGGCUGGCUUUGCCGGGAAUACGAUGGCUCACGGUGUGGACUACCCUGUGCGGUGCUUCAACUAG